AACACUUUACCAUUUUAGCAGAUUGACCUCAUGACCUCAUUUAAUGGAAGACGAACAAAAUGCAUAAAUUAAAGAGUUCACAAAAGGAAAAGGUUCGACAGUUCAUCGCCUUCACACAAACAAACGAGAAAGGAGCUAUCGCCUGCCUAGGUUCUCACGACUGGAAGCUUGAUCUUGCUGUAGAUAAUUAUUUCCAAGCACCAGAACGUUACAACAGCGAACCCAGUCGUUCAGCAGCUGUAGAUAGGAAAAAACUUGAAGCAUUAUGGCAGAGAUACAGAGACCCUCAUGAAGAUGAUAAAAUGACAGCAGAUGGUGUAAUGAAAUUUUUGGAGGAUUUAAGUCUCAACCCAGAAUCUAGGACAGUAUUACUGUUAGCAUGGCGGUUUAAAGCAGCAACACAGUGUGAAUUUACUAAGGAUGAAUUUAUAUCAGGAAUGGCAGAUUUAAGCUGUGAUUCAGUAGACAAAUUAAAAAGUAAAUGUACCUCCUUUGAAUCAGAAAUUAGAGACUCAACAAAAUUUAAAGACUUUUAUCAGUUUACAUUUAACUAUGCCAAAAACCCAGGACAAAAAGGUUUAGAUUUAGAAAUGGCAAUUGCAUAUUGGAAUAUAGUUUUAGCAGGAAGAUUUAAAUUUUUAGAUGUAUGGAGUGAAUUUUUACAAGAACACCAUAAACGAUCAAUACCAAAAGAUACCUGGAAUUUAUUAUUAGAUUUUUGUAAUAUGAUCAAUGAAGAUAUGACAAAUUAUGAUGAAGAAGGUGCAUGGCCGGUGUUAAUAGACGAAUUUGUAGAAUACGCAAGACCUCUGAUAAAAGGACCUAAAAGUACAACUGUUUGAUGAUUGUUAUGCUUUAUAAUUGUUUUAUGAGGCCUUGACUUAACUCAGAGGACAUUUUUAUAUAGGCUUCUAGAAUAAAAUUGUUAAACCAUAGUUACAGAUAAACAAUACCAUCUUCCUGCUAUUGUGCAAUAGUCAGAAUGGUUAUAUUGGCUUGUGAUUGGUCAAUUGGUGAUGUCAGCAGACACAAAGAAGCCAAUGAACAGAAAACUUUUGCAUUUUUAUCAUACAAAAUGUAUUUGGAUUAAAUCAGCUAAAUUGCUUUGUUUAUAAAUAUUUGUCAAAAUUAUAGUUAUUUACCAGGUUUGUUAUGUGUAUGUUAAGGAUUUCUGUGCAUGGCAUUUAAAAAGAAGACAUAGUUAAACACUCUAA